AUGACUAAGUCGUUCUCAUUCAAAAUUGUACGAUAUGUUGGUCCACAUGCAAGCAAUUGUUUAGGAGACAUAACAUGUGGAGACCAUCCUCUCAUUUCAUCAGAUUUCGUUGCUGAUCUUAUCGAGGAUUUCAUUAGGACUGAUCCUUCAUUCAAAGUUCAGUCCAUCCUUACUUUUGUGAAGAACCAAUAUCAAUUUUCAAUAACAUAUAAGAGAGCUUGGUUAGCAAAACAAAAGGCAAUCAGCAAUAUUUUUGGUGAUUGGGAGAAGUCGUAUCAAGAGUUACCGAGGUACUUGCAAGCCUUGAAAGAGUCCAAUCGAGGCACUGUCGUUUACUGGAGUACGAUCCCAACACAAGAUCCUACUACGCACAUCUUUAGGAGGGUCUUCUGGGCCUUUAAACCCUCCAUUUCCGGAUUCCGUCAUUGUCGGCCUCUUAUCACUAUAGAUGGUACUCACUUGUACGGGAAAUACAAAGGCAAAUUAUUGAUUGCUAUGGGAACAGAUGCUAAUUUCCAGCUAUUCCCACUUGCCUUUGCUGUUGUGGAGGAAGAAAGCACGGAGGACUGGUCUUGGUUUUUAGCUUGCAUUAGACGUUCCGUCACAGAUAGAAAGGAUCUGUGUGUCAUCUCUGAUCGUCAUAGGGGUAUCCUUGCAGCUAUGAAUGAGCCUGGUAGUGGUUGGGAGGAACCAUAUGCACAUCACCGCUUUUGUGUGCGUCAUCUUGCUUCGAACUUGAAUUCGAAGCAGAAAAGGAAGUUUUUGUACUAUAUGGAUCGAAUUGGCUCCAUUAAUGUCGAGGCAGCUAGAUAUCUGUUGGACAUUCCCCUUCAUCUAUGGUCUCUACAUCAUGAUGGUGGGUGUAGAUAUGGUGUGCAAACCACCAACAUGUCUGAAGUGUUUAAUGGUGUCCUAAAAGGAGCAAGAUGUCUACCGAUCACUGCUUUGGUAAGAAUGACAUUUUAUCGUGUCAAUUCUUAUUUUGCUACAAGGAGAGAAUUAGGUAGAAAAAGACUUGAGGAAGGCCAUGAUUAUAGCCCGAAGGCGACUAACAUCAUUGAAAAGAACAUGGAGAAGGCAGGUGCUCAUGAGGUGAUUGUGUUUGAUUAUGAGCGAGGGCUAUUUGAGGUCACUACUGGUCGUGGAGACCGUAUUGCGGGAAAGGUGGAAAGAAACACACGGUUAACUUAA